AUGCAAGACCUCCCACCUAUCGGCGGCUACGAGCCCGUUCAGUGGAAAAGAAAUAUCCCUUCGAGAGGGUUCAGACCGGUGAUCUACUUCUGGGGGAUCGUCGGGUUCAUGGGCUACGGGUUCUACCGUUUCUACCAAGGGGUGGACGAACAGCGUGAGUUGUCGCGCGAGAAACAAUGGGCGCGCUUCCACUUGGAGCCCUUGUUGACUGCCGAGGCCGACAGACAGCAGGCCAGAAGAUACUUCGCCGAGAAGGCCAGACAGGACUUGGUUGCCGAAUCCAUGUCUCCAGAGAGAAGGGCCAAGUUCGAGGAAGAGAUCUACCAGGACAAGUCCAAGUUCCGUUUCCCACGUUUCACUGCCACCGUCCAACCGGGCGACCGUUAA